AUGAGCCGGAAACUCUGUGUUGUUAUUUCACAAAAGAAGAUGAAAUGGUCGGAGCUCUUGCUGAUACUGGCAGCACUGCAAGCGUCUCUCUCACAGAACAUAGAAGUAUCCCAGAUCCCUGAAGUGAAUGUCAUAGAGGGCAGCACAGCCAACCUAGAGUGUAGCUACAACAUGAGCAACUUGGAUCUACCCACUGGCGGGUACAAAUGGUACAGACAUGGACUGCGUGGGAUUGAUAUCUUUAAAGUUGAUUAUUUUAUGGACAGAAUUACAAAAGUCAGUUCAGACGAAUUCCUAAACAAGACAUCAGCCAGCAUACAGCUGCACAAUGUAACAGUCACAGACAGCGGAACAUAUUUCUGUGAAGUGGAGUUUUCUGGCCAGAAACAAAUUAAAGGACACGGUAAAGGAACUUUCCUCAAUGUGACAGCUUCUCUCUCACAGAACAUAGAAGUAUCCCAGAUCCCUGAAGUGAAUGUCAUAGAGGGCAGCACAGCCAACCUAGAGUGUAGCUACAACAUGAGCAACUUGGAUCUACCCAUUGGCUGGUACAGAUGGUACAAAUAUGAUCUGCAUGGGGUUGAUAUCUUUGAAGUUGAUUAUUUUAUGGACAGAAUUACAAAAGUCAGUUCAGACGAAUUUCUAAACAAGAGAUCAGCCAGCAUACAGCUGCACAAUGUAACAGUCACAGACAGCGGAAUGUAUUUAUGUGAAGUGGAGUUUUCUGGCCAGAAACAAAUUAAAGGACACGGUAAAGGAACUUUCCUCAGUGUGACAGCCAGUACUUCAUGCAGAUACUUUACCAUUUAUCAUUGUGUUGGAGCAGUCGCCCUGGGUUUACUCAUGUCAUUUGCACUUUAUCUGAACUGCAAACAACAUAAUCAGGUUAUUAAAGGAGAAGAAAUAAAUUGUGCCUACAAGAAGCAGAGAUGUACAGACAAGGAUCCCACUGACUGUUGUACAGAACAACAUGGAGAGGAAAGUCUAUACAGCAUUGUUAAUAAUUGUUAAGGGACCUUAAAAACACAACAUGCAGGAGGGAAUAUGCUGAUUUCUAAAGACAAUUACACAAUUGUAAGAAAUAACAUUCAUGUUUCCACCAAAAGCGCUUCUGCAAAUAGGGUUUAAGAAAUGAGCUCUUGUAAAUCUUCAUAGAGAUUAUUUUUAUGCACUGUUUUAUGUUGUUAAAUAAUGCUUUGAUUGAUGUUUUCUUUUUUGUGUAAACCCUCUCAACUUUCCAAGAAUUGAAUAUUGCUAUAGCCUUUUAUUAUAAAACUGUAUGGUUUAUAUUGACUUUCUUUUACCCAUUAAAACUAUGUUUUCCA